AUGUUGUCAAGUACAGUAUUUGUACACGAUCUCGUUUACGAUUGGAUGUUACAAGCUGCCACAUAUGAUACGUUUGGGUCGGUGGGGACAGUAUUGCGGAACCUAUCAAUGGACGUUUUGAUAGAAAAGUUUCUGGAUGAACGCGCAUUUGAAGAUCUUGCAAUUGAGGAACACCGGCCCAUGAUGACAUGGAAAUGCAUCAGUCUGGCGCGUGUGGUGGACGAUAAAAGGCUGACUCAAAUACUACGUGAGAUAGUAGCUGCUUGGCCGAAAAGAAGGGGUGCCAUACCCGCCGCCGAAAUGAUCACAAGCGUUGAGGAACUAAUCAAGCUGGCGCAUAAUUAUCCAAAUGUUGGCAGAACAUGUUUUACUUUGUUCAAGAGCGAUACUGGUGCUGUGAUGUGUAGCGAAUUUGGGUUUCUUCUUGUCCUCGCCCUGUGUAAAAUAAACAGGUACAAGGCAUCAAUGAUUGCGGAGUUAACUAAGACAUUUCAAAAACUGUGGAACUUCAAGGAAAAUGUCCACGAAGCCGGUUGUACAGAAACUAGCGGUCUCAGCGAGAUAGUCGACUUAGUUGAAGAACAAGUAAGCUAUACUCAUCAUUGCUCCCAAAUUUGGGUUUUUAAAACUUUGCUGUUGCUUUUAUCUUCCCUCUAA